AUUCUAAUUACAUAAAAUAUAAAUGCAGGAAGAGCGAAGUGGAGUUACAUAAAUGAGUUUUAAUUCCUGAAUUCUGGCAUCGGCUGGUCGUAAACACGCUCACACACGCAUCAAGAGCAACGAACUACGAUUCAGUAUUAAGAAUGCCACAGGCUGGAAGAGGUCGUGGAAUGACUGUAGGGCAAGGUGAAGCACUGCGCAGGCCAGGACCUGUUAACAAUGGUGGUGAUACUGCCAGAGCCAAGACCAUAGUGGACAGCAUCUUGAAAAUCAAAUCACCAGAUGAUCUACAGCUCCAAGAUCUUGCAUCUGAGAUUAAAUCUACUAUGAAUGAUGAAGAGGAACUAAAAUGGUUCGUGGAGGAAUUAUGCACCCAAGGUCUCAGCGAACGCAACUGUGCUCCAGUUGCAGCGAAAUUAUUUGGCUUAAUUGCCCAACACCAUGCAGGGGAGAGCAAGAUUAGGACCCUGUUGCUGAGACGUGUCCAGAGUGAAUAUGCAAAAAAAGAUGAUUUAGCAGUCUCAGAUUGGUCACACUUUGUAACGUCUGCGCUUUUCCUUGGUGAGGUGUUUUACCAUGUCAAGUCAGAGCAGAAUACUCCUUUUAAAGUCUUGGCAGCACCCGUCCUUAAGUAUCUAGAGAUGAUAAUUCAGCCCAACUUGGAUAAAGAUGCCAACAAAAAUAUUGAUGAUGAUAUGAUUGUAGUUUCCAGACAGUUACUGUUAAAUGGUGCUGUUCUCCAUGAAGCAGUACCAAGUGGUGUCUUAGAAGUGGUGCAGAGUGUAACCAAGAUACUGUGCCUGUGUCAGCUGAGCACAGCUACGCGACUGAAUCUACUAGCUGCUCUUGCUGAAAUGUGGCCAAUGCUCGACACUAAUAAUGAUAUUCGUACUCAGCACGCAUUACUAGCUACAAGCAUUGGUGUUUCAUUGGAUAUUUAAUGGAAGCAUCAUGUAGACCUUAAUCUUGAAGAGAGAAAAAAAAGAAAAAAAAAAAUGAGAAGCUUAUUUGUUGUCCCAAUUAUGCUGUCAGUGGAAAGGCAGAGAGUAAAAUCAAAUUCUCUCUCUCUCUCUCUUUCUCUUUUCCCCCUCUCCCUUUCCCUCAUUUCCUCCCCUUUUCACUCUCUCUCCUUUCAUCCUUUAAUCCAACCAUCAAUCCAUUCCUCCUUCCCUCCUUUCCUCCUUCCCCCUCCCCCUCCCUUGCCCCCCGUUCCCUUCAACUCUUAAUCCUGUUUCCCUUUUGUCCCUCUAAGCAUUCCUGUUGGUAUCUUCUCUUGAAGGCUGUGUGUAGUCCUCAUAAUAGGGUUCCAUUGUGCAACAAAAGAAAGAAAAAAAAAUGUAUAUAUAU